AACAUAUUGAUAAAUAGUACUUUUUCCCCCAUUUUCUCCUAAUUUUUUUUUUUUUUUUUAAAGUUUGGCUUCUCUGCUUGGUUUGGGCGUUUUAGUGCAUUUUCAAAUCUGAAUGUUAACAACAGCAAACCCGGUGCGUCAUUUUCACAAACACCUCGCCAACCAAGCACUGGUGUUGGUAAUCAAAGACCUCCCAUUCGACGCCCACCCGCCGCCACCGUCACCGCCGCCAUGGACAAACGACGCCGUCACGGAGGUUCUCCGAUCCAUCUCCCGCUACGCCUUCCAGUCCCCUCGCUCCAUGGGCCGCCAGAGCGGCUUCCGCCACCGCACCCCGCUGCGGCAGCGCAACCUCACCCUCGAGCACCACAAGCUCCGCAACAGCACCCUCGUCCUGGGCCCCGCGGCCCACCGGGACCCCUACAAGGCCCACCUCGGGCCCCAAAAAGCCCUCGAGUUCUUCCGCUGGGUCGAAGCCCGCUUCAACUUCGCCCACUCCGAGCCCACGUGCCGCGAGAUGGCCCGCGUCCUCGCCCGCGCGGCCCAAGUCAAACCCCUCUGGGACUUCCUCAAGCGCUGCGGUCACGUGACCACUGCCACCGUCACGUGCCUCAUUAAACUCCUCGGAGAAGAGGGCCUCGCCGACCAAGCCUUGCUCACCUUCUACCGGAUGAAGCAGUUCCGCUGCAGACCCGACACCCACUCUUACAACGCGCUCAUCCACGCGCUCUGCCGCGUCGGGAACUUCGCCAAGGCGCGGUUUUUCCUCCAGCAAAUGGAGCUCCCCGGUUUCCGGUGCCCGCCGGACACCUUCACUUACACCAUCCUCAUAAGCUCUUACUGCCGCCACGGAAUGCUCACCGGCUGCCGGAAGGCCACGCGCCGCCGCGUGUACGAGGCCGGGCGUCUCUUCCGGUUGAUGCUCUUCAAAGGGUUGGUUCCCGAUGUUGUGACUUACAACGCCUUGAUCGACGGGUGCUGCAAGACUUGGCGCGUGGAGAGAGCUUUGGAGCUGUUUGAUGACAUGAAGAAGAGGGGCGUUGUUCCCAACCGUGUUACUUACGGGUCUUUCAUUAGGUACUAUAGUGCUGUGAAUGAGGUUGAUAAGGGUGUUGAGAUGUUGAGGGAUAUGCAGAAGUUGGGCCAUGGGGUUGCCGGUUCGAGUUGCUACACGCCCAUUAUUCACGCGCUUUGUGAGGCUGGGAGAGUUGUUGAGGCAUGGGAGUUUCUUGUUGAGUUGGUUGAUGGAGGCUCUGUGCCGAGAGAGUACACUUAUAGGUUGGUUUGUGACGCGCUUUGCGCCGCCGGAGAGGGUGGGUUGUUGGAGGAGGAUGAUGGUUUGCACAAGAGAAUUAAGGAUGGCAUGUGGAAUAGGUACAGGCAAGUGAUGAAAGUGAAACCGGUUAUGGCUCGCAAGGGGUAUCCUGAGAUGGAGGAAUCAGUAAUGGGUUGAGUUUGAAUUUGAAUAUGAAGUUGAAGUUGGGCGUGCAAUGUGGUUCUUUGGAUGGUUGUUAUUGAGAUAGUGGCGGGCCUUGUUUCUUUGGAUGCAGGUUGUAGCUGUUAAAAGAUUUGAUACCAUUGGUGUCCAAAGAGAGAAAGAAUUUCAAAUAUUUCAGCUGAUAAAGAACUGCUAUAUUGGAAUACCAGAAUGAUUAUAGCUGCCAAGGAAGCAAAAGACUAAAUUAUCUUUACCAUGAAGCAAAUGAUCCAACACUCUUUUGGAUAAAGGUUUCCAUUCAAAACUCUCAUUUUGGGCUUGCAAAAUUUGGAGCAACUGAAGGCUGAUGUUGCCAGUUGCCAGUUGCCACUAGGAUCACAGUAAGAUAGGGUUAUUGUACUACUGAAUAUGCUACUUGUGGAAAAUUAACGAUGAGAUUGGACAUUUACAUUUUUGGGGAAGUGCUAUUGGAUCUAUUGUCCUUGAAAGACAUCUUCUUGACUAGCUUGGUAAGCAUACUCAAGAUUGUUUCUCCAGUUGCAAGGUUAACAUAGCAUCUACAUGCUUUUUACUAUCUUGUAAGUUGUAACUACUCCAGGGUAUCAAAGAAGAUAAUGUGUUGCAACUACAUGCUUCAAGAAUAUAAGGAAGAAAGCAUACCCCUUGAUGUAGAUUAGAAGUGGCUGGUAUCUUAAAAGAGGUAUAAGAAAAGUGAAGACACUUCAAAAGAUAGUGUUCAAAAUAUUAGUGUAGGUUGUCCAGCUAUUUUGAAAAGUGUAGGUGACGCACUCGUGAACCAGAGGCUCAACAUUACAUGCUUGGACCUGAGUUUUCAGUUCUUAUGGUUACUGCAUUUAAAGACGAUACAUUAUUAAUUCUUCUAUGUUCUAUCUUAAUAUUGUUGGAAGCAAAUACAAUUUCUAGAUUUAAACAGAAAUUAUGUUGUAAAUUGAUUGGAUUGCCGAAUUUUGCUUUUUUGUGAAAUGUAUUAGAAUUUAAGUUUUUUUA